CGUAGUGAGUUACGUAGUCUUGUUUCAUUGAGAAGUGUUUCUGACCCUUGUGGAGGAUGGGUUCUUCAGUGAAAUAAAUAACUUCUGAACUAGGUAUCAUCUCUUAGUGCUGUCUAGAAUGUGUGUGCUGGUGUUUAUGUGACAGUCUAUGUCCUCACUGCUCGUAGCAGCUGUCUUUCUCUCUCUAUCUCUAUUUCUCUCUCACUCUUUCUUUUCACUUGGGUGACUGUACACUCACACUCUCACUCACACAGUGUGAUAGACGGUGGGUGUUCUGUCCGUGGCAGAACACUACGGAUGUCGUGCGUGCCGGUUUGUGUGUUAGUUAGUCAACACAAGGUGACAUGGUGUCCAUGGAGAUGAGAGGCAGUGCUAGAGUAGGAAUUCAGGGCACACACAGGAGGAUGGUGUCAGCCUGGGAGAGUCUCUGCUGUCCCGCAUCCCAAUGGCCCGGGCUUAGCCUGUCUGCAUUAGGCUGCUGGCGUUGGCAUUUUUUUUUUGGCAGUGUUUCUUUGGUCAUUACAGGAGUGUGAAUGGGUGAGCCCAAGGCGAGGCCUCUACUACACCCACAGUGAAGAGCCGGGGAAUGUGUUUCCAACAUUACAUACCCUUAUGGACGUUUUUGUAGAAGUGAAUAUUAUGAAAUUCUUGAGCUGUUAUUUAAUGAAAGCGGACAAAUGAAUCUGAUACCAGGUCUGUCCAGCUUUUCCAACAUGUUUGGAAAGAAGAAGAAAAGACUGGAAAUCUCGGCCCCCUCGAACUUUGAGCAUCGUGUGCACACAGGGUUUGACCCCCGCGAGCAGAAGUUCACCGGGCUGCCUCAGCAAUGGCAGAGCCUCCUGGCAGACACGGCCAACCGGCCCAAACCCAUGGUAGACCCGUCCUACAUCACACCCAUUCAGCUGGCCCCUAUGAAGACCAUUGUGCGGGGCAGCAAGCCACCCAAAGAUGCUUCCAUCAAUGGACUACUCGAAGAGUUUGACAACAUUUCUGUGACCCGUUCCAACUCUCUGCGCAAAGAGAGUCCACCAGGAGCCCACCAGGCCAGUUCAGUCAAGCAGCUGUCUAUAGCUUCGGCUAACGCCAGCAGCAGCGGCCCAGAGGAGAACGGCUUCAGCCACUACUUUGCCCGAUAUUCCUGCGAUCUGGACAGCAGCAGGGACUUUCCACUGGAGCGGGACAAAGGUGCGUAUGAUGGAGAAUGGGCGGUUGGGCGCCAUUACCGCUUCUCCUUCAAACAGAACGGCCACACCAUUCGCAGCCCUUUCUACCCAGAUGCCAUGCCUCAGAAGUCCUCCGAUUAUGGCAAGAUGCCACCAGACUACCACGCCUACUUAGAGAGCAAGGUGCGCCUGUCCACAGAUGAGAUGGCUGCAGGUGGCAGUAGGAACUAUUACAGGGCCUCUCUGGGAGGAUCCAGUCAGGAUUACCGCGAGCAGCCAUUGGGGACGCCGUCACGGGCCUCCCUACACAGUGAGCAGAUCAACUACCCGGAUGGUGACUGGGGUGGAGGUAUCUAUACUGCAGCGCUGAGGGAUGACUAUGAAAAGAGGCCAAAGUCAUCAUACAUUUGUCAGACAAGCCCCCAGCCAGCCAUUCGGCAGCGCUCCAGAUCAGGCUCUGGCUUACAGGAGCCUAGUUUGCCCUACGGCAUCAGUGCCUUCAAGGCUGCACCGCACGGGCCAUACAGCUCCUAUACUUACCCUCGUCUUUCUGAAAACACCUCUGCCUCCCAGAUCAUUGGCAAGGGCGAGUAUGACAGGAGGUCUCGGGAUGGGAGCCCGCAGGUGCCAGGAGCCGAGACGUACCCUCGCGGCCCCUUCAAACUACCUCAGAGCCAUGCCAAGAUGGGCUACCCACCAAGCUUUCAGUACCCACCUCCUUUUCACUACAAGCCAUCGCCCUAUCACCACCCUCCAUCUCAGCCCAGUCCUCCAUACACCCCUCAGGGGGCUCACUCCCAGCCCUCCUCACCCUACAUCCCUCCUGGAUACUGGGGCUCAGCCUGUGAGCCUCCACCACCCUCACGUGUCUCUCAUGAGCAGUUCCGUGCUGCGCUGCAGCUUGUAGUGAACCCAGGUGACCCACGUGAGUACCUGGACAACUUCCUAAAGAUUGGCGAGGGCUCUACAGGCAUCGUGUGCAUCGCCACGGAGAAGCACAGCGGCAAGCAGGUGGCCGUCAAAAAGAUGGACCUGAGAAAACAGCAGCGGCGCGAGCUGCUCUUUAAUGAGGUGGUGAUUAUGAGGGACUACCACCAUGAAAACGUGGUGGACAUGUAUAAUAGCUACCUGGUUGGAGACGAGCUCUGGGUGGUGAUGGAGUUCCUGGAAGGCGGGGCUUUAACAGAUAUCGUCACGCACACAAGGAUGAAUGAGGAGCAGAUUGCCACAGUGUGUCUGUCGGUGUUGAAAGCCCUCUCAUAUCUCCACACGCAGGGAGUCAUCCACAGAGACAUAAAGAGUGACUCCAUCCUCCUCACUAGUGAUGGCAGGAUAAAGCUCUCUGACUUUGGCUUUUGUGCUCAAGUCUCAAAAGAUGUGCCUAAGCGAAAGUCCUUGGUUGGCACACCAUACUGGAUGGCACCCGAGGUCAUCUCCAGGCUGCCAUAUGGCACUGAGGUUGAUAUUUGGUCUCUAGGGAUCAUGGUGAUUGAGAUGGUGGACGGGGAACCACCCUACUUCAAUGAGCCUCCACUGCAGGCCAUGAGGAGAAUCCGAGACAACCUUCCCCCUCGGCUAAAAGAAUCACACAAGGUAUCGUCCGUGCUCAGAGCCUUUUUGGACCUGAUGCUGGUGAGGGAACCUUCACAGCGGGCCACAGCACAGGAGCUCCUGCAGCAUCCAUUCCUCAAGCUCUCAGGCCCUCCCUCGUGCAUCGUUCCUCUGAUGAGGCACUACCGCCAUCGCUGACCAACACAUGCAGUACACUACUACUUAUCCAGUCAUAUGUAACCAGUGGAAAAUCCACACUGACACUUGUAACCGUACGUAGUUUAGAUAACACGAACAAGAAAGCUAACUAUUAAUACAAAGUAAAUGGACACCACACUAAAGUGAAUAUCAUGGCCAUUAGUAGUGCCGCUGGCUUCAGUGGUGGGUGUCUGGAUCUUUAUUAGACAGCUAGUGACCAGUCUGUGGGAGUGAUGUGUGUGCUCUGUGUCCUGACUCCCUGUUGAGAGUUGUACUGUAGUAGCUGCAGUCUUGAGUUCAGACAGGGGGAAGCAGCAGUGAACCUGAUAAGCUGAGCGAUUGAUGAACAACAGGCGAUCAACGGCCUCUAUCCCUGAAUGCAAAAUCACUAAUGAUGGGUUUUUUCAGGAGAUAAGACGGGCUAUAAGCCAGAUUUGAAUGUCUGUAAGGGACAUAGUGUGUUACACGACUGAGGAAUCUCCUUUUUCACGCCUCUUCACACUAACAAUGAAAGUGUAUUUUAGUGGACUUGUAAGAUUUUCUCUGUACAGUUUUGAUAAUCUUCAGUAUUUUGUGGUGAUGUAACCAUUGUGAAAUGGGCAGUAUUGAAUAGAAUUAAAGAGUUUCUGCAAAAGAUCUUUCCUACUGUUUAUAAUCCAUUUUUGACUAAGAACUGUAGAUAUCCACACUAAACACACACCCUUACCUGUCAAAGAAACUGAAUAUAUUUAUUUACCCUACAUUUAUAGACAGAACUUCCAGUGAGUGUGGAGAGAGGUAUUGCCAGAAUUUUGUAUGCUGUUUUAAAGUAUUAUUUAUUUUUGAACUGAAACUUUAUUUUUCAGUAGUGUGGCCUUAGUUGUUUUUUUUUGUUGUUUUUUUUUUUUUUUCUGGUGUUUUGUUCUCAUUUUGAAUACGUAUAAAGAGCGAUGUUGGCUAUAUCAUGCAAGCAGGCUGUUUCAGACAAGCAAUAAUCACCACAGUUACAUCUUCACUGAUCGUGCAACUCUUUCUCACUUGAGAAACAACACAUUAUUAAGAUCUUUCUUUUUUUUUUUUUUUUAAAGCAUUGACACAAUGCUACUACCUUUAAGAAUUUAUGCUCAUCCAAGAAGAGCCUCUUAAAAUCCUAGCAAUACUUACAUGCUUGAGAUAUUUUCAUUUCAGUACUGUAAGUGGCACACGGUGUCUGUGACUCAGCCUGCAAUCCUGUUUCUAUUCCCAUUACUCACUGUGAUCUGUAAAUAUGAACAGUGUGUCUGCUUCUGGCAAAGCCUGAUGAAUGGUCAGACUUGAAUGAGUAUAUCUAACUGUUGUGUCGCUUUGUACAGUGAUCUUGCAUGUGUGUUAUCAGUAAAGCUGGUUUCAAUAAAAAAAAAAUUAAAAAAAAAGGAAAACAGAAAUAUCUGCAGCAUUAUUUUAAACGGCGUGUUUAUUUUACAUCAGGUCUAGCAUAUCAAACUUAUGCGCGGUGAGCCAAAAACAGACGUAAUUAAAAUAUGCUUUUAAUAGCCGUAAAUGAAU